AAAUAAAUCUAGCCUACUUGGUCCAGAAGGACCUUCCCCAGACUCGUUCUUUCUAACUCCAUCAACCAGGUUCCCCAGCUCUCGCAGAUCCAGCAGCAGAUAGGCUCUAGCCAGAUGUCCUCCUUCGCCCCCUUCAGCAUCUCAUUUUCUGCAAAACAAAAGAAUAUACUAGUUGGUGGAACAGACACCGGGGCAGCUGCAAUAGUUUGGGGAAUGACAGCCUUGAUAAAGAUUCCAAAAGCCAUGAAAGAAGUUCAAACAGAAAUUAGAAAAUUAGUUGGGAGUAAGAAAGGCACGGUGAAUGAAGAUGAUAUCCAAAACCUACCUUAUCUCAAAGCAGUAGUAAAGGAGACAUUUAGAUUGUAUCCACCAGUUCCACUCCUGGUUCCAAGAGAAACAAUGCACAAGUCCAUACUAGAAGGUUAUGAAAUUCAACCAAAAACUAUUAUUCAUGUGAAUUCUUGGGCUAUUGCGAGGGAUCCUGAAUACUGGGAAAAUCCAGAAGAAUUUAUACCCGAGAGAUUUUUGAAUAAUAAUAUUGAUUUUAAGGGUCAAGACUUUGAGUUGCUUCCAUUUGGAGCAGGGAGGAGAGGUUGCCCAGGUAUUGCACUUGGUGUUGCAACUGUGGAGCUUGUACUUUCCAAUCUUCUUUAUGCAUUUGAUUGGGAGUUGCCUUGUGGGAUGAACAUACAAGACAUUGACACAGAUGUUUUGCCUGGGCUCACCAUCUAUCUAUAUAGAAUAGGAGAAGCAAAACCACUACAUUAAGAC